AUGAUGCACAACAGAAGCUACUCUGAUCUGCCAGAAAAGCUGCCUGUCUUCUCUGAUUCUGCCCACUUGCCCCUGACUAGGUCCUUCUAUCUGGACCCCGCGGUCACUUUCCACUUGUACCCUGAGGCCCCGGCACCAUCACCUUACUCUGAAGACCUGCCAUCGCUGCCCUUUUCCAGUGAUUCACUGAUCAUGGAAAAUUACAGUGAGCCCUUCCCAAUGCCUUAUCCAAUGCCUUAUCCAAAUUACAGGAGGUGCGAAUACUCCUACGGGCCCUCCUUUAUCCGGAAAAGGAAUGAACGGGAAAGGCAGCGGGUGAAGUGUGUCAACGAAGGCUAUGCCCGGCUCCGACAUCACCUGCCGGAGGAGUACUUGGAGAAGCGCCUCAGCAAGGUGGAAACCCUCAGAGCUGCAAUCAAGUACAUUCAUUACCUGCAGUCUCUUCUGCACCCCGAUAAGGCCGAGACUAAAAAUAACCCCGGGAAAGCUUCCACCAUAAUAGCAGCCGCCAGCCACCACACCGACCCCAUUUUUAGAAUCAUUUGACUCAGUAGUUCCAAAUGGAAACAAAUAAAAUCACAAAAAGGGGUUUCAUAGCAUCAUGCAACAUUUCUCCUAAAUGUAAUCUCUGCGUGGGCAGAGAAUAGCUCAGAUGCUAACCUAUGCUGGAUAUUUCUUACCCGCCUCCCAGAUGACCCAAACAUUAUCUUCUGUAGAAUGCGAAGGUGCUUCUUAAGCUUUGGUGAUUUCUUUCUAGAACUUUAGGGGAGCAGGAGUCCCAGGAUCCUCUCUGCCUCUCACCUUGCUCGUCUCACCCCUCACCGGGUCUCAGCCGUGAGAAACUCAGGAGCACUGCGUGACGCAUGAUUGCCGAGCGCCUGUGCGCGCUGCAGGCCCUCACG